CGACCCUGGAAGUGCACAAGUAUUCCUGAAUUUCCAAGGAUCAAAGGAUUCUCUCUCUCUCUCUCUCUCCUCUUUCCAAGCUGCAAAAUCAUAUUCUUCACUCAGCAGCUCUCGUCGCCACCGGAGCUCUCUCUCUCUCUCCUCUUUCUCCUCUUUCUCUCUCUAAAAUGUCGAAUCGAUAUGCUCAUAACAGGCACGACGGCAACAAAAGCUUCGCCAAAACCCAAAAAAAGUAUAUCCCGAAAGCGUCCAAUUCGACCUCAGGAGAGCCAGACACCAAUCUAACACUCUCAAAUUCUCUCAGACAAUCUCUCUCUCCACAACCCGAUGUAUCCUCCGCCGCCACAUCAAGCGGUGGCAGCAGUGGCGCCACCGCGUCGGCGAGUAGGGUUCGGAUGGGCGAUAGCGGGGACUGGGUUUCCAAUAGAAUUCCCAGUGGCAAUUUCGUGAAUUACUUGCCGCAGGACGAGGCGGUCGCAGCUGGUUUCGGUGCUGAAGAAGGCGGAUUGGAUCCUUUGGAGUCUCAGCGAGUGGUCGAUCUUCUCAACAGAGAGUUGUCUCGGUUGCUUAGAUUGAAAUCCAGAGAUUUUUGGAAAGAAGUGGCGAGUGAUUCUUCCUUGCACGACUUUCUGGAAAGCUUCCUAAAAUUUAAGAUUAGGUGGUAUGACUUCCCACAUCGUCGCUCGAAGGGAAUAGUUGCUGGGGUCAUUCUAGGAGAAUCUGAGCUGAACAGGCGUGCUUUCAUGGUCUUGUAUCGCAUAUCUUCCAAUCGGGAUCCUGGUGCUAGGUCUGCUGACAGUCUCAGUCCAAAGGAUCAUGCUGUCCUUUUGCAGGAAAAAAAGUUGCUUGAUUUGCCUAAGUUAUUAGAUAUUUGUGCCAUAUAUGGUCAUGAGAAUGAAGAUCUGACCAGAUUAGUGGUUGUGAAUACUUUGAAGGCCCAACCUAGGAUCCAUGAUAAUUUUACUGCAGCAAUGUCUCAUUUCCUGAGCAUUGUCCACACAAUGCAUCAGCGUUGCAGCUCAUCCUUAGAGAUUCUAUUCUCCUCUCAUGGGCUUGAAGAUCAUGGAUCCAGUCGGCUACAUGCAGAUUAUUUGGAGGUAAUGGACUUCAUAAAUGAUGCAGUUGUAUCCAUGGAUGCUUUUGUUAGUGCAUACAAGCCUGCAGCUGUAUAUUUCUCAUGCCCUGUUGAAUUGAGUAAUGGAAAUGAGGAAUUACUCAGCACCCUUGUAAGAUUACAUGAUUUCUUGCUGCCAUCUCUGCAGCGAGGCUUUCGAAUUAUACUUACAAUGAGAGAAGAUGGGCCUCUGGACACAUUAGUGGACAUGCUUUCAAACAUUGCUCUUAGUUUGAAAAUGUUAUCUAUGAGGAUAGUGAAACUUGGUUGGAAGUUACUGGACUUCUGCUAUCUUAGUGAUGAAGUGUUUGAGGGUAGCUUCCCUCUUCCAUCUGCCACAAAGAUGUUCCCCGCCAAUGUAGAGGAUCCUGUCAUAAGGGCAGACAUUUUGGUUCAGACUUUUAGGGAGAUUGGUGGGGGAUAUUCAAAUGUUCAAGAGGACCAAAACAGGGGAACAUUUCUCCAAAAUCUUGAAAAAGAUCACCAGAUGAUGAGUAGAAUUGACUUUUUACAAAAUACAGGUUGGAUUUCAAUGGAUGAUGAACAAAUCAAGUAUCUUUCUGGAAUCAUGAAGCAUUCUUUGAAAGCCAAUAUUAAGGAGAAGUCUCAUGCGCCAGCCCCUGUGACAAACAACACACUGCAGACGGAUGAAGAUGCUGCAAUCAUUGAGUCUAAAAUGAGUCAAAUAAAAGACAUUUUCCCCGAUUAUGGCAUGGGUUUCUUAUCCGCAUGUCUUGAAGUCUAUAACCAGAAUCCAGAAGAGGUUAUUCAAAGGAUUCUAGAGGGAACUCUCCAUGAAGAUUUGCAAUCCCUGGACACUUCCUUGGAGAAAACUCCACCACCCAAGUUGUCUUCUAUGAGCAGGAAUGAUAAAGGGAAAGGAAAAAUGUUGGAAUCUGUAACAGCAUCUUCUACAAAUGUGUUACCUACAUCCAGAGAGCAACAAAAUGUGGCCCCAUCAUUUUCUUCAUCGUCAUCAACAACAGUUGGGAGGUAUGUCAGAAAGUCUAGAGUUGCCUCUUCUGAUCCUGAGGCCCUCAAUUCCAGAGACGACAUGGAUUUGGCAAGGACUGUGGCGCUAGCUUCACAACUUGAGUAUGAAGACGAAUAUGACGACUCUUUUGAUGAUUUAGGUAUGAGUGUUGGUGAUUCGGGAUUGGAAGAGAGUGAGACACAGCGGGGAAAACCCUGGGAGACACAGGCAGGAAAUCCUGAUCAAAAUCCUGCUCAUUCUAAAUGGAACUCCCGUAAGAAGCCCCAAUACUAUGUGAAGGAUGGUAAGAACUACAAUUAUAAAGUUGAGGGUUCAAUUGCAGUCGCAAAUUUUAAUGAAGCAUCGCUAGUUAAUCAAGCCCAGAGAGAACAAAUCCAUGGCCUUGGACGCGGAGGAAACCUUCCUUUAGGAGGUGCAGUUAAGAAGCUGAUGGAGUCAAAUGAGGAUCAAAAUGAUGAUGAGCCCGACGCCACUGAAGUGGGAGGACGUGGGAAUCCAGUCAAUCCGAGGGGUAGAGGAAGGAGAGGAGGAGGGGGAAGAAAUAAUUUCAGGAAGGACCGGGCCAUGAAGAAGCACUUCGCCGGAUUGACAGGGUUUUAGGUCUAUUAAAGGAAGAUGAUGAUGAUACAUGCAUUUUGUUCUAAUUACAGGUUAUAGCAAAAUAGAUUGAGGGUCUCUUUUGUAUAGAGCAGCAAAACAACCGUGCACUCAGUUGUUUUUGUUGCCAUUUAGUAGUGCUUUGAAAAUUUCUCAGUAUUUGGGUUGAUGAUUUGGGUGAGGUUCAACUGAGAAGCAUUUUGUAUGGAUACAGUUUCUCCUACAACUACAGAAAUGUCGGAGAAUGUUUUUAAGCAGUUAAAAAAAAAAAAAAAAAAAAAAAAAAAUGGAGGUGAUAUUGGCGCUCCAUAUACCUUUUUUUUUAAAGACUAAACUGCCCUUUUCUCCUUAUUUUGUGCUCC